GACGGUGUCAUUCAACUUCCCCUCGUGUGGGAAUAUCCCUCCGCCAGUCAUUAUGGUUCAGAACGUGUCCUUUCGCUACAACCCGGAGACGCCUUAUAUCUACAAGAAUCUGGACUUUGGUAUAGACUUGGACUCGAGAGUGGCUCUCGUCGGUCCCAACGGAGCCGGAAAGACGACUCUCUUGAAACUUCUUUGCAACGAAUUGGUUCCGACGGACGGUAUUGUGCGAACGCAUUGUCACCUGAAGAUUGCCCGCUAUCACCAGCACUUACACGAACAGUUGGAUCUCAAUCUCUCUGCUCUCGAAUAUAUGAUGAAAUGCUUCCCAGACGUGAAGGAAAGAGAGGAAAUGCGCAAAAUUAUUGGCAGAUAUGGUUUGACGGGUCGGCAACAGAUCUGUCCGAUCAGACAAUUGUCUGAUGGGCAGAGAUGUCGUGUGGUGUUUGCGUGGCUGUCGUGGCAGGUGCCACACCUUCUCCUUAUGGACGAACCGACCAAUCAUUUAGAUAUCGAAACCAUCGACGCUUUGGCC